CUUUUCAGCCUACCGAGGAGCUGGGCCGGGAGGGCCGCCCAGCCGGGCUGGCGGCGCCGGUGGCUGCAGCAGAGGAAGAAAAUGGCGGCGCCGCUGCUCUCCCUCUCCGAGGGAGAAGGCGCCCGGGCGCGGCGGCGGGAACAGCUUCGUGCCUGGGCCGAGGCCGAGGCGGCCGCCGCCGCCGCUACUCUUCUCCCGCCUCCCGCCGACUCCGCGCCUUCACCCGCUCCGGCUGGGUUGCCGGUGUCCGCAGACGAAGCGCUGCCUCCCGCGGCGCCAGGGAUGGGCUCCGGCGGCCGGCCGCGCGCGGUCCGUUUCGACGCGGCCGCCGAGUUUUUGGCCUGCUGCGCCGGCGCCGAGCUGGAAGCGGCACGGGAGAUGCUCCGCGCCGACCCAGGAGCCGUGAACGGCACUAAUGCCGACGGCAUCAGCGCUCUCCACCAGGCCUGCAUUGACGAAAAUAUAGAGGUGGUUGAAUUUCUGGUGGAAAAUGGAGCUGAUGUAAACCAGGCAGACAAUGAAGGUUGGACUCCGCUGCACGUUGCUGCCUCCUGUGGCUACAAUGAGAUUGCACAAUACCUCUUGGACCACGGUGCCAACAUUGCUGCGGUGAAUAGUGAUGGAGACGUGCCGCUGGACAUUGCUGAGGCUGACAGCAUGGAGGCCUUGCUGCGAACAGAAAUCGAGAAACGAGGGAUAGAUGUAGAGGUGGCCAAGCGAGAGGAAGAAGAGAUGAUGCUUCGUGAUGCUCGCCAUUGGCUGAAUGCUGGAAAAAUAUCUGAUGAGCCUCACCCCAAAACUGGGGCCACUGCCCUCCAUGUGGCAGCUGCUAAAGGCUACGUCGAGGUCAUGAGGCUGCUCUUGCAAGCUGGCUACGACACCAAUGUGCAGGACAAAGAUGGCUGGGCGCCCCUACAUGCAGCAGCUCACUGGGGAGUGGAGGAGGCCUGCCGGCUUUUGGCUGAGCACUUCUGUGAUAUGGAGGCCCUCAACAAUGUGGGCCAGCGUCCCUGCGAUCUUGCAGAUGAAGAUACUUUGGCACUGCUGGAAGAGCUGCAGCAUAAACAAGACGAUUUGCGCAGCAAAAAGGAAGCCCAUCGGCAGGCUGUGAUUGACACCAGCUUGGAACAGGCCCCCUCGUACACAAGCAAGCAUCGAAGGAGCUCCGUUUGUCGCAUGAGCAGCAAAGAAAAAAUCUCUGUCCAAGACCAGUCAAAGGAGAGGAAAACCCUCGGUACCAUAGCCGUUGGCGAAGAGGAGACCAGUUCAGCUUCGGAAGGGGAUGAAACACCGGAGUCCAAUGAAGUGAAGGCUGUUCCCCCAGCAGACAGCAGUGCAGUGAACGGAGUAUCUGUGACUCCCAUUAGGCCUUUGUCCCCAUGUCCCGUUGGGCCAAAGUUCUCUGGAGGCCCUAGCCGCACCACGGAGCCAGGGAGUUUGCCAGCUCCAGCCACAUGGAGACAGAGCCUGCGCAAAACAAGCAGCUUCGGUGUAUUGCAGGAUGCCAAGUUGGAUGAAGGGGUCCCCAAGGGGGGCAGCGGCAUCAAGCGCUCAGCGUCCAGUCCCCGGCUUGAUAAAGAAGAAAAGAACAAAGAGCCACGUCUGGCACGAGUAAUCCCAACUCCCACUCGCCGGAUCUUUGCCCUUCCAGACACAGAACCCCACCGGGAUCCUCGGCGUGCGUCAUACCAGACGCCAGUGCGAGAUGAAGAGUCUGAAUCCCAAAGAAAAGCCCGUUCUAGGCUCAUGAGACAAUCCAGACGCUCCACACAGGGAGUGACGCUUACGGACCUAAAGGAGGCUGAGAAGACCAUGGUCUGGACCAGCGAUUCCAAAACUCCUUCAGAACAAAGGAACAAGGAGGAGGAAAAGCGGAACAAAGACGGGGAACAGCAGCCUCAAGAGACAACGGACUCCGCUAGGCGAUUCCGGCUCCUCAGUUCAGACAGUUCUUCAGUUUAUACUGUGAAUCCGUUAGUGGUGAAUUCGCAGCUCCAAAAAGGAACGGAAGUCGAUAAGGCUGGCUCUGAGCUGGACACAGACCUCCGGAACAGGCUGGCUAUCCGAGACCGCAGGAAAGGCCGGCGAGAGAGGCGCAUCACCGGUUUGGGAGGAAACUCAGAGGGGGAGGAAGAUGAAGACACUGAACAUAAUGAAGAUCCAUCAGUACAUAGCAGUGAUCACUUAAACAGCCUUCUGCCAAACCGGACAGCACCUCCUGGCUGCCAGAGAGGGAACAGCGCGCCGUCAGGCUGCAGAGAAGAACCAGACAACUAUUAUAAGAAACUGUAUGAAGAUCUCUUGAUUGAGAAUGAAAAGCUGAAGGAACAGUUGCAGGAGGCGCAGCUCCAACUGACGCAGAUUAAGCUGGAGCUGGAAAGAGUGACCCAGAGGCAGGAGCGCUUUGCUGAGCGGCCGGCUCUUCUAGAACUAGAGAGAUUUGAGCGUCGCGCUUUGGAAAGGAAAGCUGCUGAGCUGGAGGAAGAAUUGAAGGCUCUUUCAGAUUUGAAAGCCGACAACCAGCGUCUUAAAGACGAAAACGCCGCUCUUAUUCGUGUGAUCAGCAAGCUCUCCAAGUGACCACCAGCUGCUGUCACUGUCCCCCCCCCCCCCCGGUUUCUCUGUGAAGCAGGGACCUUCUUUCACACACCCCACCACCACGUGUACCAAGAUCCUGGUCAGGGACAGGAGAAAUAGAUGAGGAUAGGGGUGGCCACCUUCCUCUCACCACCCAGGCACUCCAAACACGGGCUGUUCUGAGGCUCGGCCCAAGAGGCGCCACCAACUAUUGUUUUCCCCAGAAGUUUGUUUUGAUGCCCGCUUCUCCUCUCCUGGCCCUUCUCCUUCCAGAGACAGUAUUUAUUUUGUGGCUUCCUUCAGUGAUGCUUUUUGUUUUGUUGCUUUUUCUCCAGGGAACAAGGGGCGUAGGGAUGAUAGGAAUCAGUCUUUCUGGGAACCCCUAGGGGUGGGGUGGCCACUAUUGUUGCUGUGGGGAAAUGGGAUUAACAGGCCUUCUUGACCACCAGGUCAUUAGGGUGUCUCUUAUGGUUAAACUUGGCAGCCCAAGAG